CUCCCGGGCGUCACGUGACCCCAGUCCUGCGCGCCCCGGGUUCGCACUGCGGCUCCAGCCCAGGCGAGUUCUCGCCCCCGCGCGGCCGUUGCCGAGGAGACGGCGCACGUCUCGCCGAGCGUUGCCCCCCUCUGCAGUUCCCCCGCCCCUCUUCUCCCACCACAAUGAGGUCCUAAGAUGGCGGUGGCUGCGGCGGUUGGCGCCUAGUAGCUAAUGUAGAGAAGGCGGCCAUUGGGCUCUGGGCAGUCAGGAAACUUGUGGGCCUCCCGGCCGCGGUCUUCGAGGAAGAACCGCUGCUCGGCGGCGGCUCCUGUGGGGGCCGACUGCCACUCCGCCCUCGGCAGGAGGGGCGCCUUCGUUUACAGAGAGUUAAUUAUUAAAGCCAACAUGGCCACAGGAGGAGGUCCUUUUGAAGAAGUCAUGCAUGAUCAGGACUUACCAAAUUGGAGCAAUGAGAGUGUGGAUGACCGACUCAACAAUAUGGAGUGGGGUGGCCAACAGAAGAAAGCCAAUAGAUCAUCAGAAAAGAAUAAGAAAAAGUUUGGUGUAGCAAGUGAUAAGAGGGUAACUAAUGAUAUUUCUCCGGAGUCAUCACCAGGAGUUGGAAGGCGAAGAACAAAGAUUCCACAUACGUUUCCACAUAGUAGAUAUAUGACUCAGAUGUCUGUUCCAGAGCAGGCAGAACUAGAGAAACUUAAACAGCGGAUAAACUUCAGUGAUUUAGAUCAGAGAAGUAUUGGAAGUGAUUCUCAAGGUAGAGCAACAGCGGCUAACAACAAACGUCAGCUUAGUGAAAACCGAAAGCCCUUCAACUUUUUACCUAUGCAGAUUAAUACUAACAAGAGCAAGGAUGCUACUCCAAGUCUUCCAAAGAGAGAAGCGACUGCAUCAGCACAAUGCAAAGAGCUGUUUGCUUCUGCUUUAAGUAAUGACCUUUUGCAAAACUGUCAAGUCUCUGAAGAAGAUGGGCGAGGAGAACCUGCAAUGGAGAGCAGCCAGAUCGUGAGCAGACUUGUUCAAAUUCGUGACUAUAUUACAAAAGCUAGUUCUAUGAGAGAAGAUCUUGUGGAGAAAAAUGAAAGAUCUGCUAAUGUUGAGCGCCUUACUCAUCUAAUAGAACACCUUAAAGAACAAGAAAAGUCAUAUAUGAAAUUUCUCCAGAAAAUCCUUGCUAGAGAAAAUGAGGAGGAGGAUGUUCGGACUAUAGACUCAGCUGUGGGAUCUGGUUCUGUAGCUGAGAGCACAUCGCUAAACAUAGAUGUGCAGUCUGAAGCUUCAGAUACCACGGCCAGAGAUCAUCAACAAGAGCCUUUAGAAGAGACAGAAAAUUUGAAGAAACAACAUGAUUUAUUAAAAAGAAUGUUACAACAGCAGGAGCAGCUGCGAGCUCUACAGGGACGGCAAGCUGCUCUUCUAGCUUUGCAACAUAAAGCAGAGCAAGCUAUAGCUGUGAUGGAUGAUUCUGUUGUUACAGAAACUACAGGAAGCUUAUCUGGAGUCAGCAUCACAUCUGAACUAAAUGAAGAACUGAAUGAUUUGAUCCAGCGUUUUCAUAAUCAACUUCGUGAGUCUCAGGUAAUUGGUUUCUUUUUCUUUCUUUCAGUUUCCGAACAUUUACCUGAUGAGAAAGUUCAGCUUUUUAGUAAAAUGAGAGUACUACAGGAAAAGAAACAGAAAAUGGACAAAUUACUUGGAGAACUCCAUACCCUUCGAGAUCAGCAUCUGAACAAUUCAUCAUUCGUGCCUUCAACUUCUCUCCAAAGAAGUGGGGAUAAGAGAAGUUCAACUGUAGCUCUCUCUGCUCCUGUAGGCUUUGCACCAGUUGUCAAUGGAGAAUCCAAUAGCCUUAUAUCCUCUGUUCCUUGUCCUGCGACUUCUCUGGUUUCUCAGAAUGAGAGUGAAAAUGAAGGUCAUCUAAAUCCAGCUGAAAAACUACAGAAGUUAAAUGAAGUUCAAAAGAGAUUGAAUGAAUUGAGAGAACUAGUUCAUUAUUAUGAACAAACAUCAGAUAUGAUGACAGAUGCUGUAAAUGAAAAUACAAAAGAUGAAGAAACUGAAGAGUCAGACUAUGAUUCUGAUCAUGAAAAUUCUGAACCUGUUACUAACAUUAGGAAUCCACAGGUAGCUUCCACCUGGAAUGAAGUGAAUAGUAACAGUAAUACACAGUGUGUUUCUAAUAAUAGAGAUGGUAGAUCAGUUAAUUCUAACUGUGAAAUUAACAACAGAUCUGCUGCCAACAUCAGAGCUCUAAACAUGCCUCCAUUAGACUGUCGAUAUAAUAGAGAAGGAGAACAGAGGUUGCAUGUAGCACAAGGUGAAGAUGACGAGGAGGAGGAAGUAGAGGAGGAAGGAGUCAGUGGGGCUUCAUUAUCUAGCCAUAGGAGCAGUCUGGUUGAUGAGGCACCAGAAGAUGAAGAAUUUGAACAGAAGAUAGGUAGACUCAUGGCUGCAAAAGAGAAACUUAAACAGCUCCAAGAUCUUGUUGCUAUGGUCCAGGAUGAUGACGCAGCUCCAGUGAGUAUCUCUGCCAAUACAUCAAAUUUGGGUGAUUUCUAUGCAGCAGCAGAAGAUACCAAACAAAACUCAAAUAAUGCAAGAGAGAAUUCUAAUAAAACACAAAAAGACACUGGAGUAAAUGAAAAAACAAGAGAGAAAUUUUAUGAGGCUAAACUACAGCAGCAACAGAGAGAGCUGAAACAGUUGCAGGAGGAAAGAAAGAAACUGAUUGAAAUUCAAGAGAAAAUUCAAGCUGUACAAAAGGCAUGCCCCGACCUUCAGCUAUCAGCCACUAGUAUGAGUAGCGGUCCCACCAAAAAGUAUCUCCCAGCUAUUACUUCAACUCCAACUGUUAAUGAAAAUGAGACCAGCACAAGCAAAUCUGUUAUUGAGCCUGAAGAUUCUUCAGUAGUGGAUAAUGAGUUGUGGUCAGACAUGCGAAGACAUGAAAUGUUAAGGGAAGAGCUACGACAGAGAAGGAAGCAACUUGAAGCUCUCAUGGCUGAACACCAGAGGAGGCAAGGUCUAGCGGAGACUUCUUCUCCAGUGGCUAUAUCGUUAUCAUUGAGAAGUGAUGGAUCUGAGAAUCUGUGUACCCCUCAGCAAAGCAGAACAGAAAAAACAAUGGCAACUUGGGGAGGUUCUACUCAGUGUGCAUUAGAUGAAGAAGGAGAUGAAGAUGGUUAUCUUUCAGAAGGAAUUGUUCGGACAGAUGAAGAAGAAGAAGAAGAAGAGCAAGAUGCCAGUUCCAAUGAUAACUUUCCUAGUUAUCACCCUAGUAUGAAUCAAAGUUCUUAUAAUGUAAAGGAAACUAAAAAUAGGUGGAAGAAUAAUCGCCCUGUUUCAGCAGAUGGAAAUUAUCGUCCUUUAGCCAAGACAAGGCAACAGAAUAUCAGCAUGCAACGACAAGAAAACCUUCGAUGGGUGUCAGAGCUCUCCUACAUAGAAGAGAAAGAGCAGUGGCAAGAACAAAUUAAUCAGCUAAAGAAACAGCUUGAUUUCAGUGUCAAUAUUUGUCAGACUUUGAUGCAAGACCAGCAGACUUUAUCUUGUUUGCUGCAAACUCUUCUAACAGGUCCUUACAGUGUUAUGCCAAGCAAUGUGGCAUCUCCUCAGGUACACCUUAUAAUGCACCAGCUGAACCAGUGCUACACACAACUAACGUGGCAACAGAAUAAUGUUCAAAGGUUAAAACAAAUGCUAACUGAACUUAUGCGUCAACAAAGUCAACAUCCAGAAAAAACUAGAAGCAAAGAAAGAGGCAGUAGUGCAUCACACCCCUCUUCUCCCAAUUUAUUUUGUCCUUUCAGCUUUCCAACACAGCCUGUAAAUCUGUUGAAUCUUCCUGGAUUUACUAACUUUCCAUCAUUUGCACCAGGAAUGAAUUUCAGCCCUCUAUUUCCUUCUAAUUUUGGAGAUUUUUCUCAGAAUGUUUCUACACCUACUGAACAGCAGCAGCCAUUAGCCCAGAAUUCUUCAGGAAAAGCAGAGUAUAUGGCUUUUCCAAAACCCUUUGAAAGCAAUUCUUCUAUUGGAGCAGAAAAGCAAAGGAAUCAGAAGCAGCAUGAAGAAGAAGUUGAAAACACCAAGACACCAUGGUUAUAUGAUCAAGAAGGAGUAGUAGAAAAACCACUUUUCAAGACUGGAUUUGCAGUGUCUGUAGAGAAAACUACAAAUAGUAACCGCAGAAAUCAACCAGAUCCAAGCAGGAGAAGACGCCAUUUUGAUGAAGAAUCAUUGGAAAGUUUUAGCAGUAUGCCUGAUCCCAUAGAUCCAACAACAGUAACUAAAACAUUUAAGACAAGAAAAGCAUCUGCCCAAGCCAGCCUGGCUUCUAAAGACAAAACUCCCAAAUCAAAGAGUAAGAAGAGGAAUUCUUCUCAGCUGAAAAGUAGAGUUAAAAAUAUUGGGUAUGAAAGUGCCAGUGUGUCUAGCACAUGUGAACCUUGCAAAAGUAGGAACAGACAUUCAGCCCAGACUGAAGAGCCUGUUCAAGCAAAAUUAUUCAGCAGAAAGAAUCAUGAGCAGCUGGAAAAAAUAAUAAAAUAUAGUAGGUCUGCAGAAAUAUCUUCAGAAACUGGAAGUGAUUUUUCCAUGUUUGAAGCUUUACGGGAUACUAUUUAUUCUGAAGUAGCUACAUUAAUUUCUCAAAAUGAGUCUCGUCCACAUUUUCUUAUUGAACUUUUCCAUGAGCUGCAACUACUUAAUACAGACUACUUGAGACAGAGGGCGUUAUAUGCAUUGCAGGAUAUUGUAUCCAGACAUAUUUCUGAAAGUGAUGAAAAAGAAGGAGAAAAUAUAAAGUCUGUGAAUUCUGGUACUUGGGUGGCAUCAAACUCAGAACUUACUCCAAGUGAAAGCCUUGCUACUACUGAUGAUGAAACGUUCGAGAAGAACUUUGAAAGAGAAACACACAAAAUAAGUGAACAAAACGAUGCUGAUAAUGUGAGUGUCAUGUCUAUGUCUUCCAACUUUGAGCCUUUUGCAACAGAUGAUCUAGGUAACACCGUGAUUCACUUGGAUCAAGCAUUAGCCAGAAUGAGAGAAUAUGAACGCAUGAAGACCGAGACUGAAAGUAACUCAAAUAUGAGAUGUACUUGCAGGGUUAUUGAGGAUGAAGAUGCUGCUGCUGCCACUACCACAGUCAGUAAUUUAGAAGAAACUCCCAUUAUUGAGAAUCACGUUUCGUCACAACCUGUAAGUGACGUUUCUGCUGUCCCAUGUCCUAGAAUAGAUACUCAACAACUGGACCGCCAAAUUAAAGCAAUUAUGAAGGAAGUCAUUCCCUUUUUGAAGGAGCACAUGGAUGAAGUGUGUUCUUCUCAACUUCUCACUUCAGUAAGACGUAUGGUUUUGACCCUUACCCAACAAAAUGAUGAGAGCAAAGAGUUUGUCAAGUUCUUUCAUAAACAACUAGGAAGUAUAUUACAGGAUUCACUAGCAAAAUUUGCAGGCAGAAAACUGAAAGACUGUGGAGAAGAUCUUCUUGUAGAAAUAUCUGAAGUGCUGUUUAAUGAGUUGGCUUUCUUUAAGCUCAUGCAAGACUUGGAUAAUAAUAGUAUAGCUGUUAAACAGAGAUGCAAAAGGAAAAUUGAAGCAGCUGGAGUGAUACAGUCUUAUGCUAAAGAGGCCAAAAGGAUUCUUGAAGGCGAUCAUGGCUCACCUGCUGGAGAGAUUGAUGAUGAAGACAAAGACAAGGAUGAGACUGAAACAGUUAAACAGACUCAGAUUUCUGAGGCAUAUGAUGCCAAAGGUCCCAAAAAUGUAAGAUCUGAUGUUUCUGAUCAAGAGGAAGAUGAAGAAAGUGAAAGGUGUCCAGUGUCUAUUAAUCUGUCUAAAGCUGAAAGUCAGGCUCUAACUAAUUAUGGAAGUGGAGAAGAUGAAAAUGAGGAUGAAGAAAUGGAAGACUUUGAAGAGAGUCCUGUGGAUGUCCAGACUUCACUUCAGGCUAAUACUGAAACUACAGAAGAAAAUGAACACGACAGUCAGGUUCUACAACAUGAUCUUGAAAAAACACCAGAAAGCACAAGUGUACCAUCAGACCAAGAACCAACUAGUAAGAAUAACCAAGACAGCUCUCCUGUGAAGCCUUGUUAUCUCAAUAUCUUGGAAAAUGGACAACCCUUAAGUAGCACUGCCCAUAAGGACUCACUCACUAUCACUGAUUCAUCUAAACAGCCAGACCCUAUGCCAUUACCCUUAACUGCAAGCGAAGCCUUAGUGCCUAGAGUCAAAGAAGUGAAAUCUGCUCAGGAGACUCCCGAGAGCUCUCUGGCUGGAAGUCCUGAUACUGAAUCUCCCGUGUUAGUGAAUGACUAUGAAGCUGAAUCUGGUAACAUAAGCCAAAAGUCUGAUGAAGAAGACUUUGUGAAAGUCGAGGAUUUGCCGCUCAAACUGACAGUCUAUUCAGAGGCAGAGCUAAGGAAGAAAAUGGUAGAAGAAGAACAGAAAAACCAUUUAUCUGAUGAAAUAUGUGAAAUGCAGACUGAAGAAUUAGCUGGAAAUUCUCAGAUACUGAAAGAACCUGAAACAGUGGGAACCCAGAGUAAAUGAACUGUCUUCAGGGACUCAUCUAACUCUCUUACAUAGUCAGUGCAUAUAAAAAGACACUAAAUAAAGCUGGGUUUUGAUCUGUAUAAAAUGUAAAUUAGUUUGACAAUGCAUUUUUGAUGUGUAUGCUAAUCUCUGCCCAUGGCAGUUUAAAACAUCAGAAUCUGAAUCCUGGACAGAUUCAACUCUUGACACACAGUGGGAUUUUUCUUUUUAUUUUAUUAUUGCUAUCAUUAUUAUUAUUAUUAUUAUUAUUAUUUGUUAUGAUCUUGACCCCUGCCCUUCAUUGUGAUGUUUGGUAUGUUAACUUUAAAAUGUAGUUUUAAAUAAAGUUUGAACUUAUCUGUAAAGUACGCUUUUGGGAAAUUUUGUUGAAUUCUGUGCAGCAAAUUGCUGUUUUAUGUAACUUAACACUCUUCAGAAACAGCAGUGGCCAAGAAUUAGAGAAAUACAUUAUUUAAUCUGAAGCCCAGCCUUAGACCAGUCUUCUGAAUAAAGGCAGUGUUGCUGCUUUUGGGUCUGAUGUUCUUGUAGUCACCUCCAGGUCCUGUGUAAGAAUAACGUAGAUUUUAUAAAGGUAACCAGGAAUCUGUAGAGUAUUCAUAAAUAUGUCAAUCAUCUAGAUUGUGUACGAAGUUUAGAUGAUGUUAGAACAUCACAAAAUUAUCUAUUAGAUUAAUAUUUUCCAGAGUUGCAAAUCCUGUUCUAUGUUGCUUCAUUCUAAAAAUUAAUACAGAAGCUUUAUAUAAAUGUAGGGAGUAUUUCUGUACAGACAAGUAGCAUUCUAAUAAAAUGAAAAAACCAAACUCUUUUAAGUAGAAUAAAUAGAACUAAAUUUAUGUAACAGAACAUUAAUGCCUUUGGAUAAAUAUGCCUUUUGAGAUGAUAAUUUAAAACCAAAGCCUAAGAGUUGAUUUUGUGUGUCGUGAGAGAGAAGCAAGUUCAAGUGUCAAGAAAGUCCCUGUGAGUUCUUCAUCACUUAAUAAACCAACUUUAAAGAGU